GGAUUCUAAAAGAGGCUAUGUUUGGGUCUGCUGUUACUGUACAGAACCAAGAAUGGCAGAAGGAGGGGAGGCGGAGUGGGAACUUUGCAAAGAGAACAUCCAGCCCCUGAAGAAAGGUCGGGCCAUAUCAGCUUUACACCAGGCACUCAGUCAACAGCAAGAGGGAUUGACCUCUGCCACCAACCAACACAAACAGGCUUUUGAGUCCGAGCUGAGAGUGUAUGAUGGCGAUGACCCCCUUGAUGUUUGGGAUCGGUACGUUAAAUGGACAGAGCAGACCUACCCACAGGGAGGAAAGGAGAGUAACCUCUCUGUGCUUUUGGAGAGAGCAAAAAGACACAGGAUACCUGUAUCCGUAACAGUCAUAAAGAAGGUUUUAACGUUCAAUAGAUUUGAAUCUGUUGUGAUUGGCUGUUUGUUCACAGGUAAUUCACUAAGGCUACAGUUACAAGGCCCACCAGCCCCCGCCAACAGUGGUCUAAACAGUCGCCUUGUGAUCUUUGAUGAGAACAAGGCUACCAGUGCUGGGCCCUCUGAACCAAAGUUGGAAUCUUGGAUUGCCCCACCACCAUCGAGAUCCAAGGAGAAUGAGCAGAGGCCUGAGAAAUGGAGCAACGAAAAGAUGCCUAUGAAGUCCAGGUUUGGUCACAGUGUCGUGGCUCCGCCAAGCAAGCCAAACUUCCAGCCCUUUGUGGAGGAGUCGGAUCAGCCUCCAGCCAUGACACCAUGGAAGAUCAAUCCAGUGGUGAAUUCAGUGUUGUCUGCACGGAAGCCCUGCAGGGAUGAGACUCCUCUGAAGAGACUGCAGCAACAUCAGCAGGAAGAGGGGAAAGCUCAGGAGCAGAGCAUGUACUGCAAGGACCUGUUACUCAGUGUUGCCUCUGAGUUCUGCUUUGAGGAACUGCGGGCAGAGCGCUACCGCCAGAAGAUGUCCUUGGAGUCAGGGGGCAGUGUCAAGGAAGAGCAAGUGGGCUCUGGUCUUCCAAACUGACACCUUUCCGCCUGGACAUUGACGUGACAUUUCCAUGUUCAGAUUGUUUUAUGUUUAGAAGGUAGCAGACUGUCAGUAUCAUCAGUUAUGUCUUUGUUGUCUUUCAUCAUGUAUGUAUUUUACUGUUUGUGAUUUGUGUAUAUAUAAACUGCAGUUGGAAUGACAUAAGUCACUAUCUAGGCUCUGGGCCACACAAUAUCCCAGAGGGAAAAAUCAUCUAAUGUAAUUGGAUUGAAAAGAGUUGUAGGUGAAAAUGGUGCUAUGAUUUGAGUACUGAAAUACUGGUGGUUGUUGUUACUGCAUGUCCCUGGAUAUCCUGCAACAAUUGGCUGUUGAGACUGUUCUGUUAUUUUUUUUAAUUCAUGGAAAUUCACUACAAAGCUGUAUUCUACAUUUUACAUUCAUUCCACUAAUCCAUUGUGUUUGGGAAAAGGCUUUUAACAACAUGCCAUGUUCCGUCUGGUUCCUCUCUCAAUUAUUUAUUUACCUUCACGUUACCUCUCAGUGGAAUUCAACUUUCAGUAGACCAUGUGGUGAAGGCAGGGUAUGAGAAUGACAGGGAGAAAUCCAGACAAGGAGUCAAUUCACAUUAUAGCUGUCACUGCUGUAUAUAUUGGUAAAAAUGUCCACCCAAGGCCAUGUGGUGAUAGUGUUAAAUGUGAAAUAAUGGUGAUGACUCCUGUGAUAAUUGUUGCCUGAUGAACUGGAGCCUGUCGUAUAAGUCACUGUCAGUAGAGGGCAUGCAAGAGGAGCUCUGGAUGGGAGAGGCACUGCAGACCACAGAGUUUAAA